UCAAUUCCUAUAAAUAGCAACCUCCUCAUCCUUUUCGUGUUCCUGUUGUAACCGAAACUCGUUCCGUUGCGAGCUUCGUUGUUACCGUAUUGCCUUUCGUAACGCUUUGAAUCGCCAUGCCUAAGAACAUCCUCGUCACCGGUGGAGCCGGUUACAUUGGCAGCCACACCGUACUCCAGCUCUUAUUCGGCGGUUUCAAGACCGUCGUUGUUGACAACUUGGACAACUCCUCCCCCGUCGCACUCCAGCGCGUCAAACAACUCGCCGGUGAUUUCGGCCAAAACCUCUCCUUUCACCAGGUAGACCUCCGGAACAAACCAGCACUUGAACAAAUUUUUGCUUCAGCACAAUUUGAUGCUGUCAUACACUUUGCUGGGUUAAAAGCAGUUGGUGAAAGUGUGCAGAAACCAUUGUUAUAUCACAACAACAAUUUAAUUGGGACAAUUACUUUGUUGGAAGUCAUGGCUGCACAUGGAUGCAAAAAGCUUGUGUUCUCAUCUUCAGCUACUGUCUAUGGCUGGCCAAAGGAGGUUCCAUGCACAGAAGAGUUCCCUCUUUCUGCAGCAAACCCAUAUGGACGAACCAAGCUCUUCAUUGAAGAAAUUUGUCGUGAUAUCUACCGCUCGGACUCUGGAUGGAAAAUCAUGUUGCUAAGAUACUUCAAUCCAGUUGGUGCACAUCAUAGUGGUGAUAUUGGUGAGGAUCCCCGUGGAAUUCCAAACAACCUCAUGCCCUUCGUGCAGCAAGUUGCCGUUGGCAGACGACCAGCACUGACUGUUUUUGGAAAUGACUAUUCGACUGUGGAUGGUACUGGGGUGCGCGACUACAUUCAUGUUGUUGAUUUAGCUGAUGGGCACAUUGCUGCCUUGCAAAAGCUGGAUGAGCCUAGUAUAGGUUGUGAGGUUUACAACUUGGGCACUGGUAAGGGAACCUCGGUUCUGGAGAUGGUUUCUGCAUUUGAAAAGGCAUCUGGCAAGAAAAUUCCACUCGUAAUGGCUGGGCGGCGAGCUGGUGACGCUGAAAUUGUUUAUGCAUCAACAACAAAAGCAGAAAAGGAAUUGAAUUGGAAGGCCAAAUAUGGCAUCAACGAGAUGUGCCAUGAUCAAUGGAACUGGGCAAGCAAAAACCCUUAUGGCUAUGGAUCACCCGAGUCCACGAACUAGCACGUCGUUAAUAUCCGUUUAAAGGUUACAUGUUGCCGGUGGUGUCAUGCUUUUGUAGCCUUCUGAGAAUAGGUGUAGCUAAAUUUUAAAUUACAGGAAACCGUCUUUUAUUUAUUUAUUUAUUUAUUUUUAUUUAUUUAUUUUUAUUUUUAAAGAAGGGUAUAGCUGAAUUUUGUUGGACUUUUAAGCUGAUAAUCAGUGGCGUCAUAGGUUACUAGCCAA